AUGGAUCGUCUCAUUUUUGGGCAUUCUUUUGCCGAGGUCGUGGCCUUGAUCCUUCUCCCUGGGAUCGCGUUCUAUUUUCUCAAUAAGAAGAAAUCUAGCGUGCGUGGAGAUGCGGAAGAUUUUAAUACUGACACAUCUGCUUCGUCGACUACCCCGAUGGGAACUAAUUCCGGUGGAUCUAGUUCAACUCCGACAGAAACUGAUGAUGGUGCAUCUAGUUCGUUGACCCCAUCGUCUGGAGACUCCUACGAGGUGUUCUUGAGCUUUAGCGGUCGAGAUACUCGAUAUGGCUUCACCGAUCACCUAUAUCAUGGGCUUGUCGAUGCUAGGAUCCAUACUUUCAGAGACAAUGAGGAGCUCCGCCGAGGCAAGAAGAUCGGCGAUGAUCUUUUUACGGCCAUCAAGAACAGUAAGAUCCUGAUCCCUAUUCUCUCCAUGAAUUAUGGUACGAGCAGUUGGUGCUUGAAUGAAUUAGUUCAAAUAAUGGAGUGCAAGAAAAAUAACGAGGAGACUAUAGUGUUGCCUAUAUUCUACAAAGUGGAACCAUCUGACGUGGGACAUCUACUUGGGAGUUUUGGAGAUGAAUUUCGUAAGCGUGAGAAGCGUUUGUGUAAAAGGAAGGGAUUCGACUCAACGAUAUUGACGAAAUGGAAGGAAGCACUCGAAGAAGUCAGCUCCUUGAAAGGACACAACGCCGCGGGGUAA